AUGGACACACUCGAUACAUGGUAUUUGACUUUUUGUUUGUUUUUGACAGGAAAAAGUGGCCCUGAAUGCAAGCACUGUAGGGCUGAUCCAGAUAAGGAGUGCCGGUUUUGUUCAUGUUAUUUGUGUGGUGGGAAACAGGAUGCUCACAUGCAACUCCUGUGUGAUGAAUGUAAUAUGGCUUAUCAUAUAUACUGCCUGAACCCUCCCUUAAGCAAGAUACCAGAAGAUGAGGACUGGUAUUGUCCUUCCUGCAAAAAUGAUUCUAAUGAAGUUGUAAAGGCUGGAGAAAAGCUCAAACAGAGUAAAAAGAAAGCAAAGAUGCCAUCUGCCAGUACUGAAAGCCAGAGAGACUGGGGCAAGGGCAUGGCCUGUGUUGGUCGCACUAAGGAAUGCACUAUUGUUCCUUCAAAUCAUUAUGGACCUAUACCUGGUGUUCCUGUUGGGACAACCUGGAAAUUCAGAGUUCAGGUGAGUGAAGCAGGUGUUCACAGACCACAUGUGGGUGGAAUCCAUGGACGCAGUAAUGAUGGAGCUUAUUCACUUGUAUUAGCUGGAGGAUUUGAAGACGAAGUGGAUCGAGGAGAUGAAUUCACUUACACUGGGAGUGGAGGCAGAGAUCUUUCCGGCAAUAAAAGAAUUGGAGAACAUUCAUUUGAUCAGACAUUAACACACAUGAAUAGGGCAUUGGCCCUUAACUGUGAUGCCCCACUGGAUGACAAAAAUGGAGCAGAGUCUAAGAAUUGGAGAGCUGGUAAGCCAGUCAGAGUAGUGCGCAGUUCAAAAGGACGACGAAUCAGUAAAUAUGCCCCAGAGGAAGGCAACAGAUAUGAUGGCAUUUACAAGGUAGUGAAAUAUUGGCCGGAAAUUGGAAAAUGUGGAUUUUUAGUUUGGCGCUAUCUUCUGAGGAGAGAUGAUGUUGAGCCUGCACCUUGGACUUCGGAAGGAAUGGAGCGGUCAAAGAAACUGGGUCUGAGCGUACAGUAUCCAGAAGGUUAUUUGGAAGCCAUGGCUAGUAAGGAGAAGAAAGAUAAGGUUAAAAAGCAAACGGUGAAACAGGAGCCAACCAACCAGAGUAACGGAAACCAGAAAAGGACAAUUGAUGAUGGUAUAGAGGAACCUAUGAAUACGCCCAAAGCCAUGAGGAUGGGAGAUGGAGGGAAAGGAGAGGCUUUCCAGCUGACACAAGAGCAGCAAUGGCUGAUUAGAGAAGACUGUAUGAACCAGAAACUGUGGGAUGAAGUACUUGCUUCUCUUAAGGAAGGACCAAAUUUUCUGAAGAAACUGGAACAAUCCUUUAUGUGUGUCUGCUGCCAGGAGCUAGUUUACCAGCCAGUGACAACAGAGUGCCUCCACAACGUCUGUAAAAGUUGUUUACAGCGCUCCUUCAGAGCUGAAGUCUUCACCUGCCCUGCCUGCCGCUAUGACCUAGGAAAGGGCUACACCAUGGUUCCCAACAAGAUACUGCAGACACUACUGGACCAGUUCUUCCCUGGUUACAGUAAAGGACGAUGAUGUGCUCAGAUCCUUCUGAACUUCUCCCAGUGACUUUAUAGAGUAAAGGAGAAUAAACAUGGGAAAUUCAACAGUGGACCAGCCAACUUGAUGGGACUCAAUAUAUUUUGAAGCAGCUAACCCUCUUCCCCUCCUAGCCAUCUUUUUGGUGUAGUGAGAACUCUAAUUCUUGGCUGUCUUUUAACAUCAAGGGUAGUUUUGGCCAGUUAACAAAUAGUUUUUAAAGAGAAAAAGAAAAGCCUCAGCUCUUACUGGCCUAGCUGAUGCUUAAUUUACGAUUUGUUUUUUUGUAACUACCUCAGGACAGAGGAAAAUAAAUUGUGGGGAUGACAAAAAGUUAGUGAAGUUUUAGCUACACACUGCCUCCUGAAUAUUAGUUGUGCCUGGUCCAUGUGGUUUGAUUUAUAAAAAAAAAAACCCAAACCAAAACAAAAACCCACAAAAAACAGCAAAAAACCAGAAACAGCACUUAAGCCAGCUGGAUUAAAGAACAGCAAAUUCUGUGGUGUGCAUAAUCCUUUUUUUGUCUUUUUCUUCUAUUAUGCUGUAUUUUUUUGCAAGAACAGGCGAACAGGCUGAUUUUUAGUCUAUUUUUGUGAGCUUCAUUGUGCUUUUCUUGUAUCUUAUGCAAGUUGACUACUAAUGACUAAUGAGAACAAUAUGAAUGCAUUGUUGCUGCAUUAGUGUAAAGUGAUCUGUGGUUUUUGCACUUAAAGAGGGUAUUCAAGACACUCUAGUUGUGUAAAAAAUAUUUCAUAUAAAAAAGCCACUUCUGUAUUAGUUAAACUGUAUGCUUUUAGUAGAUCUUGUAUCAGUGGCAAAACAUCUACACAGCAUUGAGGGCAGUGCUAGCUUGGAGAGGGUUCAAAUCGCUUCAUAUUGUGAUCUGAAAUUUUAUAUACAAUAUAUCCCCCCCAAAAUAUACCUUAUUAAAUAUUUUAUGAUUC